GGCGGUUCCGGGCGGUUGGGCGCGCGAGCGAGGAGCCGAGGCAGCCGCGCCCGCCCGCCCCGCCCCUGGAUGCCGCUCUGCCCCGGCGCGGCCGCCGAACGUAGCACAGGAGGCGCCGCCGCCGCCGCGGUUGAUGUGGUUGGCCUGGGGCUGAGGAGGCCGCCAAGAUGCCGCAGUCCAAGUCCCGGAAGAUCGCGAUACUGGGCUACCGGUCUGUGGGGAAAUCCUCGUUGACGAUUCAGUUUGUGGAAGGCCAGUUCGUCGACUCCUACGACCCGACCAUAGAGAACACUUUCACGAAAUUGAUCACAGUAAAUGGACAAGAAUAUCAUCUUCAACUUGUAGACACAGCUGGGCAGGACGAAUACUCCAUCUUUCCGCAGACGUACUCCAUAGACAUCAAUGGUUAUAUUCUCGUGUACUCCGUCACAUCAAUCAAAAGUUUUGAAGUGAUUAAAGUUAUCCAUGGCAAAUUGUUGGAUAUGGUGGGGAAGGUGCAGAUUCCUAUUAUGUUGGUUGGGAAUAAGAAAGACCUACACAUGGAAAGGGUGAUCAGUUACGAAGAAGGGAAGGCGUUAGCAGAAUCUUGGAAUGCAGCUUUUUUGGAAUCGUCUGCUAAAGAAAAUCAGACUGCUGUGGAUGUUUUUAGGAGGAUAAUUCUGGAGGCAGAAAAAAUCGAUGGGGCUGCUUCGCAAGGAAAGUCUUCCUGCUCGAUGAUGUGACUCCGAGGUGGCCCAAGGACACUGGGACCCGCCUGUGCGGAGAUGCAGGCUGCCGGAGAUUGGCGGAGACAAACUCGGCUUCGUUUUCCUUCUGUUAACCUGAAAGAUUUCAUCCGGGUCAGAGCUUUCCCCGCCCACCCCUCAGAUUAUGUUGGACUCUGACUCUGUCCACAUGAAUUCACUUCCACUUUCAAAUUUUAAGCAAUCAUAUUUUCAAUUUAUAUAUUGUAUUUCUUAAUAUUAUGACCAAGAAUUUUAUCGGCAUUAAUUUUUAAGUGUAGUUUGUUGUUUAAAAUAAUGUAAUCAUCAAAAGAUACAUAUUGUUACACUACUGUUAACUAGGCUUCCAUAUAUCAGUGUUUAUUUCAUUGUUAAAUGUAUACUUGUAAAUAAAAUAGCUGCAGACCUUA